AUGAACGAAGGCACGACGGACGAAUCUAGCCAAUCCAGCCAGGAGUCUUCACCAACCGGUAGUAGUCCAGACCAGUUCCAGUCGACGGUCGCGCCUCGACAAAACCGAAGGCAGAGUUCUCGCCUGGCCGGUCCGAUUGUUCACAGCUCUGACUCUGAGGAAUCACCUGCAGACGGAGGGAAUGAGGAUGCGUAUUUGGCGACUCGGCAGAGCGAGAGGAAACGGCGGAGGCAGAGCCGGCUAAUCUCAAGUUCUAGUGGGGCGCAUCGUAUUCACGAGCACUCUGCGGGACGCUCCCCGGCAAGUGAAGCGAAUACUGGCACGACGAGUGCUGAUGAGCCCGAAGCACUCCACCAAACUUCUGCAUCGACGACGACGUCGGGACAGCGCCGGAGGUCUCCGGAAGCGCCGAAUGUCGACACGGCUGGAGAACUCCGUGCGAGCGAAAGGAAAAAGAAAACGGUGAGGAUCAACGUGAGCAUGGAUACCAGCACUGAUGAGGCCUUUCCACGGAUCACUCCAGCGGCAUCUAGUGAUAUAGACACUGAGUGGGCCGACGUAGAUAUUCCAACUGCUUCUGAAGUUGCUGCUGCUGCUGCUACCGCUGCUGCUCGUUCAGCAUCGACUGCAAGUGCAACGCAUCAGCCAGAGACCAGCACUGACCAGGUGCAGACAAGUCAUGGCCAUGGUAAACAGGCAGAGGAAGAGCAGAGGAAAGGCAGCGGCCAGGUCAGAACUGCCAGUGGCAAGAUCAGAACUGCAAGUGGCGGGAGUGAAUACUCCAUCGUGGCACGCUUGACUCAGUCAAGACGCCAGCGCCUUCGCAGCGUCAAGCUUGACCCGGCCACCAUAGAACUGGCAGAGAAGAUGGGCAUGAAGCUCAACUGUGGCAACGUCACCGAACCAAAGACACUCACUGACAAGGAGUGCAAGCAGAUGCGUGCGGCGCAAAGGGGACUCACAGCGUCGCAGCUCGACUCAUACAGUGUCAUGAUGAACUUGCGGUACGAUGAAUGGUACAAGAACAAAGGUGGACCAAAGCCGUUGCCGAGAAAGGUGACCGUUGAAGAGGAGCAGGCGCAGAAAGCCAGAGAGAAACUGAAAGCUGCGUUGCUUUCGCAGUUUACCAAUAAAAAAUUGGUGCCUAAAUGGCUCCACAGGGACAUGGAAUUUGCCGAUAAGAUGAGGAGGCUGGAGAUAGAAGAGCAGCUGGAACGGGUGCCCCGAGUACUAGACCGCCCUACGAGGACGCACAGAGGGCAGAUGGCGUACAUGACACGCCUGGCCAAACCCGUACAGGCACGCAAGCCAAUACGGCGCUACGACUAUCUGCUGUUCAAUCCCGACCACAUUCGACAAAUCAAUGAGCACCGAGAAGCGACUGCAAAGAAGCAGCAGAGAAUCGCAGCACGUGACAAAGACAGCGGCACCGAGCCUGAAUACACAGCUGCCGAAGUGCGACAACUCGCUUUUCCUGGCAGGGAUAAAGAUGGCAAGACGAACAAGGACUCACAGACUGAUGAAGAAGCUAACACAACCUACCUGGGCCUCAGCAUGUUCAAAUCCAAGGAACGAGUUCGAACUCUGACCGAGUUUGAUGUGUUCCGUGAGAGAGCCCGAGCAAUGGACACCAUCAACGAUCGUCGCGAGAAUCGCAUGAAAGAAGAUCGCGCUCAGCGCAAGAAGAAGGAAGAGAAGCAGGCCAAGAUGCUGUAUAAGUCCAUGAUGAUGGGACUGGACAAGAGUCUGUGGCCGCCGGAGUACCAGCGAAUGGCCGACGAAGAAGAUGCCAGGCAAAUGGAACGGCGGCACCAGGUUAGCAGCACUGUGAGGCCGAAUACAACCCGCGCAACAACACGAUGA